AACCGAAGCAUAUUGACAGUGAUCGUUCAUUAUGAAACAGAUAAGAGUAAUUUUUGUCUCUGCUCUGCUCUUUGCAGCAUCUCUACCUGGUGAAUGUAUAAUAGGAGGAAAUGAGGCUGUUGCACACUCUCGUCCUUACAUGGCUUCACUUCAGUGGAAUGGAAUACAUGAGUGCGGUGGCUUUCUCAUCUCCAGUCAGUGGGUGAUGAGCGCGGCACACUGCUUUCAGGAUGGGAGGGCAUCAGAUUUCAAGGUUGUGUUGGGAGCUCACUCACUGUCUACAGCUGAGGGCAAUAAACAAAACAUGGAUGUCUCUGCAGUCUACAACCAUCCUGGUUUCAGUUUGAUCAACUAUGACAAUGAUAUUGCCCUCAUUAAGCUGGAAAAGCCAAUCACAGAAAGCAAUGCAGUAAAACCUGUGAAAUUCCAAAGGGAGGGAGGGGUUGACCCUGAGAUGGAUGCAACUGUGGACACAGCUGGGUGGGGCUCCUUGAACAAUCUGGGAGGACGACCAGACAAAUUGCAAGAAAUCAGUAUCACUGUCUUGGAGCGAAUGCUCUGUAGCCGUGCUGCGUACUAUGGAUGGAAGUUCACCAGCAACAUGCUUUGUGCUGCGAAAAAACGAAUGGACACUUGUGAUGGUGACUCUGGGGGUCCUCUCUUAUAUAGGGGUAUUGCUGUGGGUAUAACCUCUAAUGGAGGGAAGAAAUGUGGCACCAGCAAAAAGCCUGGACUCUACACUAUUAUUUCCCACUAUACUCAGUGGAUUGACCGUACAACAACCCAGUAAUAAUUAAAGAAAGAAAAACAGUUAAAUUUAUAAUGCUUUUUGGAGCUGUGAAAUACUUUGCCUUUAUUUAGCCAAUAAUUUUGUGCACAUCUCAUGUAUUGCUUUGUUUUAAUAAAACCUUUUAAUAAAACACA